UACAAACACGUCUGUUAGCAUGCAUUCGAAAAGGAAGUCGGUUUUUUCUCCGGCCUUGAAUGGCGAUAGCAAAAAGACCAAGCAUAAUGAAUCUCGAUGUGCCCAUCAUCAAUCUUUAUUUCAUGAAAUCCACCAAGAUGAAGCACUAUCCACCUUGAAGACCGUGGUUCGCAACAUUAUUGACAAUCGCAGCUCUUCAUUAACCAAGGGCAAACCGUCAGGCGAAUCGAAGAUCCUAAGGCUAUUGACAGAGCUUGAUGUUGCUCUACGCGACGCAGAAGCCCUUGUCCCGUCAUCCAUCGCUGCGCAAGGUCCGAAGUCUCGGAACGCUGCAAUAAGCCAGAACCCUUUGAUGCCUGAAUUGCCUUCGAUUACGGAUAGCACUCUUCGAAACGCAGUUUUCACGCAUCCGGGCAUGAAAAAUGAUAUCAGAGCCACAUAUGAUCGCCUCGAAGUCCUCGGAGAUGCCUACAUAGAAGUCAUAUCCACGCGGCUCAUUUGGGAUAGGUUCCAGAACAUAUCAUCUGGCCGGAUAUCGCAAAUCCGCGAGCUACUUGUAAAAAAUGAAACCCUAGCUGAAUUUGCAACAAGGUAUGGAUUUGACACCAAAGCUUCGGUGCCAUCAGACUACAUGGAUCAACCCAAAAGAUGGUUAAAAACAAAGGCGGAUCUUUUCGAGGCAUACGUUGCAGGUCUUAUAUUAUCCAACCCAGCUGGUUAUGAUAUAGCUAAAGAAUGGUUGUCGCAGUUGUGGUUGCCUACACUCGAGCGACUUGGUGAGCAAAGGUCUUCUUUACAUGCCAAGGAAGCGCUGGCCAAGAAAAUCAUGGGGAAGGGUGUUAAACUCCAUUACACUGAUGAACGCGCCCCUUCGCAAAGAGGAAAAGAGCCGCAAAUCUUCCAUGUGGGGGUAUAUCUGACUGGCUGGGGUUGGUACAAUAAACAUCUUGGUUCUGGCCAAGGUACCAAUAAAGCUAUCGCAGGUGAUGAGGCAGCCCGGCAAGCAUUACUCAAUGUCUCACUAAUUGACGAGAUCAUGAAAAUGAAAAAAGCAGAGCCGUUGCCAGAAUCUUGAAGGUCUCUCCGCACCUCCUGUGAUCGCGAGGCCGACAAUUUCACUAUUCUGAUUUCAGUCUAAACCACCAAACCUCCUUGUCCAUGCCUCAACAUACCCAGGUUAUCAUGAGAUUGGGGCUGAAAGUCUGCUCGAACACCUUGAAUUAUUGGCGAUCUCAGUCCCUGCGAAAUACUUGAGGUUAUACUCGACCAAUCACUUAUCUUUGACCCUCGUGUAGUCAGCACCUAGUCUAG